CCCGUUAAAAAUAAACCAAUAAACGUAUUGAAUUACAGAAUUACCACUAAUACUGGUUAAAAUUAGUAUUUAUAUGUUUUUUAUAAAUCUGACAACACUGUUUCAAGAUUGCUUGAAGAAAGAUGAAAUAUGACAUACGCUCUAGACUGUAAUUACCUGUUUUAAAAAUUAAAACGUAUUUUGCAAACAGCCACCACGUGCAUGAUUGUUUUGGUUCAGUAUUCUAAAAAAAAAACGUGAUUAUGUGCAAUAAUAAUGUCGACAAACAUUAGCAAACGCAAUUCUGUGCCUUCACGUAUUGUAUCUCCUGAAGAAAAAUUAGAUGCAAUACACAGAGUCCGAAAUGGAGAAACCAAGGCGGCUGUAGCAAGAGAUAUUAACAUUCCUGAAUCUACCCUAAGAGGAUGGUGUAAAAACCAAGAUAAGAUAUCCUACCUAUCGAAGAAGCCAGGAAGGGAUGAAUACCUAGAAUCUAAUAGUAAAAUACCAAAAUUGGAUGCUGAUUUUGAUAUAAAGUUGAAAGAUUACAGUUAUAUGCCUGAUAAAACGAAUCUUGGUAAGACAAAAAACCAAUUAAUACUAAAUACAAGUCCUAUAUUUACCAGUAGUGUGCCAGAAAGGAAAAAGAACAAGGUGGAACUCUCCAGACUUGGUAUGGAACUGGGGUUGAAUAAUCCAGAAAUGUUUUUACCCAAUUUAAACAAUUCUACAAAUGAUGCUACAAAUAAGUUACUUCUGACUCACUGGAACACUCUAUUGCUUCAACAAAUGAAAUAUAAAACCGAAAAUAAUUCAAUCUCAAAUUAUACUAAUGAUAAUGUAUUGGGAACCAUAAAUCAGACAUCAAUUUUAUCAAAAAUUUCAAAUAAUGACCAAUUUCAGAAUGGUUUAGUGCAUCCUCCAGUCAGUAAUAAUGGUUUAAUUUCUAAAAAUGUGCCAUCUGCUAAUUUCAACAUGAACAAUGUAAAUUGUGAUAAAAAUUUUUGGUUUUGGAACUGGUACCAGCAAACAGCUCAUAAUGAGCAACAAACAAAACCUAUUUCAUACCAACAACUUACAAAACAAGCACAAAAAAAUGUUACAUCCAAUGACCAAAAUGCAAGAAAUCUAUGUAUUCGUGAUAUUAAUAAUAAGACUGAAAUUAGAUGUAGAUCUGUUUUAGAUAAUUUAUUUAAUAAUAGUAAUUUGCCAUCUAACAAUGAAGAGACUGAAGAAAAUACUCUAAGCCAUCAAGAAGCCAUCCAACAUGGUGAGAAGUUUUUGAGAUGGUUGGAAGCUCAUAAUGGACCAUCAUUUACUGCUGUACAGAUAAUGCAGUUUAAGACACUUCUCAACAAUGUAAAAAGUGGUAUUGACAAAAAGAAAUGUGAUAUAGUUCAUAAAUCAAAGGCUAAGAGGAAGUAAAUAAUAAGUAUUUGAAUGUGACAAGGCUGUUUUAGCUGCAAACCAAAUUUACUUUUCGAUUUCCAUCAUGUUCCUAUAAGAAUUGAUAGCCAAUUUAUCUUGUUAUCAGGGUUGCCACCCUUUUGACAAGUGAAAAAAAUGACAAUGAUGCUGACAGUAGUGAACUUCUAAAAAAAAGGUUGUCAAGCUGAAAGAAAGAAAUCCUCCUCCUCAUACUGAGCUUCUAAAAAAAGAUCCUCAGCUUAAUUCAUUUUUGUACAAACCAUGUCAUGUCCCUUCCAACAUUAUGUACUGUCAGUAAAAAAGACAUUUUUGUCUGGGGUAAAAGAGGACAUUUGCCAUAAAAAGGACAUUUUAAGCUUAAAAAGUCACAAGGACAUUUUGCUUCAAAAAAAGGACAGGUGGCAACCCUACUUGUUAUAGUUAUG